AUGAGAACUUGCGAGCCGUACCUACCGUCAACCUACCAAAGGGUACACUGCAGGUAAAGUAAUUCCCAAGGCCGAUCUCUGAACAAUCCGUCACAGGCCAAUUUGAACGUCCGUUGUUCCGAAUGGGAUUGAAAGUUGAGGGAUUGUUUCAACUGAGGAUUGAGACAUUUGCGUUGGGAAUUCUCAGUUGAAGCUCUAUCCAACUUCUCGGUUCCUAUCCGUUUCCACAGAAGCCUUGAUUGAUCUUUAUUAUCCAGCAGCCUGUCAUUACCGUUUCCCCUUUUGAUAGAGAUCGGCCGAACUGUAAAUGCCCUUUUAAAACUUACUGUUUAGGUACGGAUUUACUCUAUUUCUUAUAACAGUGCAGCCCGCCUCUCGGCACGCGCGAUGCAUUAUCUCCCUUGUUUGAACCCUUAGGAGCGUCGUCAUCUAUAGAAGAUUCUUCCGGCAAUUUUUCUUUCUCUCACUGCAUCAGCGAUUAACGAUAAUAGAAAUUCAAUCUAUAUAACACGAAUGGUCGAACAGUGGGAACAUGUGAAUAAUGAAAAACCAAUGUUUGUUUAAGCAGUCGUCGACCGAGAACUGACUAUGUUGGAGGUGAAAUUGGCCCACGUGAGUUGAGCAGAGACUGCUGCGUGCCCGUCGAGUCCACCGGACGCAUUCCGGAGAAUCGAUGGACACGAAGACACCUUCUACGAGAUGACGUUUCUAGCGCGCACCUAAAUCCUUCAUUCCCUGUUUUUCAUACUCCGAUCCAUUACUACAUAUAUUGUGUAUGAUUCGCAAAAUGGAUUUCGUUCUCUCUGUUUCUCUUCUCUGACUCGUUCCCGUUUCCCUGGAAUGGUUCGUAGUCCGAGUGUAAGCCAGGCAAGAGCUCUUGAAACAAGAUCGUCUUUAAUUACACGUGAUUGUAAGGAUCACGUUGCCGUGUUAACCUACGUGUCCCAUUUUACAAAUGGGCACCAAAAAACGUGUAACAGUGAAUUUGUUGAAACUUUCAUUCUUUCACUCGUAUAUUGAAACCAUAACGAGGAAGCAAUUGCUGUGCAAUCAAUGAACGUGGUAACAAGUAACUGAUUCCCCUCAGAGAGCACUAAUUUGCUUAUCUGUAGCAAAAAUGUACUUCACCUUUGUGUUGGAGAUCCGCGGAAAAGAAAAGGGACGUAGAAUGAGGGGGGAGAGAAAAAGGGGAGGGUAACGAGGCAGGCAGGACAGAGAGGACGAAGGUAUGAAAAAAGAUAUAUGUUCUUGUACUCUGAGGUUUAUCGAAAAUAGUGAAAUGUGUGUGAAAGCCUGCGGCGCGGCGAGGAGAGGCCGGGCAAAACGCGCGGCGCGUCUCUUCACAGCACCGCGAGCAUCUUCUCUGACCCCCUGUUUGUCUUUAGGCUUGCUAUCUAAAGGCCAUUGAAACGCGUCCAGAUUUCGCGGUCGCGUGGAGCAAUCUUGGCUGCGUGUUCAAUGCCCAGGGUGAGAUCUGGCUGGCGAUCCAUCACUUCGAGAAAGCUGUAGCUCUGGACCCAAAUUUCUUGGACGCUUACAUCAACCUUGGCAACGUGCUCAAAGAGGCUAGGAUUUUCGAUAGACUUAUCGAUUUGGCAAUUGACACGUACCGUCGUGCUAUCGAGCUACAACCGAAUUUCCCAGAUGCUUAUUGUAACUUGGCGAACGCGCUCAAGGAAAAGGGGCAAGUGGCUGAGGCUGAGGAUUGCUAUAACACGGCUCUCCGUCUUUGCCCUUCGCAUGCCGAUUCCCUUAAUAAUCUGGCCAACAUAAAACGCGAACAAGGGUACAUCGAAGAAGCAACUCGAUUGUAUCUGAAAGCGCUUGAAGUAUUUCCUGAUUUUGCUGCAGCUCAUAGCAAUCUGGCUUCCGUAUUACAGCAACAAGGGAAAUUGAACGAAGCAUUGAUGCAUUACAAGGAGGCUAUCCGUAUUCAGCCAACUUUCGCGGACGCGUACUCGAACAUGGGCAACACGCUGAAAGAAAUGCAAGAUAUACAAGGGGCGCUUCAAUGCUACACAAGAGCUAUACAAAUUAAUCCCGCUUUCGCCGACGCUCAUUCCAAUUUAGCUUCGAUUCACAAGGAUUCCGGGAACAUUCCCGAGGCUAUUCAAUCGUACAAAACUGCGCUGAAGCUGAAGCCCGACUUCCCUGACGCGUAUUGUAACUUGGCGCACUGCCUUCAGAUCGUUUGCGACUGGACUGAUUACGAAGCUCGAAUGAAGAAAUUAGUCUCGAUCGUUGCCGAACAAUUGGAUAAGAACAGAUUGCCCAGCGUGCAUCCGCACCACUCCAUGCUCUACCCGUUGUCUCACGAAUUCAGAAAGGCCAUUGCUGCUAGACAUGCAAAUCUUUGCAUCGAAAAGAUACACGUUCUACAUAAACAACCAUACAAGUACCCACGUGAAAUUGGCACUCGCUUGAAGAUUGGAUACGUUUCGUCAGAUUUUGGGAACCAUCCUACUAGCCACCUGAUGCAGUCAAUCCCGGGUUUGCACGAUAGGCAAAACGUUGAAAUCUUUUGUUAUGCCCUCAGUGCCGAUGAUGGGACCACUUUUCGUGCAAAGAUCGCUAGAGAAACCGAACACUUCGUUGAUUUAUCACAGAUUCCGUGCAAUGGGAAAGCAGCUGAUCGUAUUAACGCGGACGGAAUUCACAUUUUGGUGAACAUGAACGGCUACACAAAGGGAGCAAGAAACGAAAUAUUCGCCCUGAGACCGGCGCCGGUUCAAGUGAUGUGGCUUGGAUAUCCCGGAACAUCCGGUGCUAGUUUCAUGGAUUAUUUAAUUACGGACGAAGUUACAUCGCCGGUGGAACUUGCUAGUCAAUAUAGCGAGAAGCUUGCUUACAUGCCACACACGUACUUCAUCGGGGAUCACAAGCAAAUGUUCCCGCAUUUAAAGGAACGACUUAUUUUGACGGACAAGUUGAACAUGAAAGGCAAAGUAGCAGAUAAUGUAGCUGUGAUAAAUGCCACUGAUCUUUCUCCCAUGAUUGAAAAUACGUGCGUCAAAGAAAUCCGCGAAGUAGUUGUACCGGAUGCCAAAAAUAAGCCAGUAGAAAUUUCGUUGAAAGUUGCGGAACUGCCAACUACUACUCCUAUCGAGACAAUGAUUGCUUCUGGACAAUGCCAAAUGUCUGUAAACGGCGUUGUAGUUCAAAACGGCAUGGCCACCACACAAGUAAAUAACAAAACAGCUACGGGUGAAGAAGUGCCUCAAAAUAUCAUGAUCACAACGAGACAACAAUAUGGUCUGCCAGAAGAUGCAGUUGUCUACUGUAAUUUUAAUCAAUUGUACAAGAUCGAUCCGCUCACACUUCAUAUGUGGGCACAUAUUCUAAAACACGUGCCAAACUCUGUAUUAUGGUUACUACGUUUCCCGGCUGUUGGUGAGCCAAACCUACAAGCGACAGCCCAACAACUAGGUUUAGCUCCCGGUAGGAUCUUGUUCAGCAAUGUUGCUGCGAAAGAAGAACAUGUUCGACGAGGACAGUUGGCUGACGUAUGCUUAGAUACACCGCUUUGUAAUGGUCACACUACUAGCAUGGAUGUUUUAUGGACUGGAACUCCAGUGGUUACACUACCAGGUGAAACACUAGCGUCUCGCGUUGCUGCUAGUCAGUUAAAUACUUUGGGAUGUCCUGAAUUGAUCGCACGAACACGUCAGGAAUAUCAGGACAUUGCUAUUCGUUUAGGCACUGACAGAGAAUACUUGAAAGCUACGCGAGCCAAAGUGUGGAAAGCAAGAUCGGAAAGUCCGUUAUUCAAUUGCAAGUUGUAUGCAGCGGGUAUGGAAAUGCUGUACAAAAAAAUGUGGGAACGUUAUGCGCGAGGCGAAAAGCCUGAUCAUGUGUCAGCAGUAGAUAAAACCGAAAGGGAAAAAUUACUAACAGCUGCAUCUUAAAAAUAACUCUCAAGUAUUUUUAUUUGUACAGCUUUAAUUCCACAUCUGACUUCUCUUUCAUUUUUUCCCUCUUCUUUUUUUUUUCAUAUAAGAACGCAGAACCGAUUAUUUAAAACAGAUAAUCGGUAAUCUAUUUCAUGAAAAUAGAAAUUUUCAUACAAAUUCCACGUUUUUGGUAUUCACUGUUUUCUAUGAUACAUCGUUGAGCUCGGGUAACACAGGAUAAUUAUCAUACAUAUAUGUUCAAUUACAUGUUUGAUGUUGCAACAAAGAAAAUUGUGGAUUGUUAUACCGUGUGCGAGUCAUAGGAAAUAAUUACAUUCAUUCUCUGCGUUAUACAACCACAUCUUUCACCUUAUUUAUACGUAUAAUAUAUUUUGAUUCACGUAAAGUCAGAUGUCUAUAUUUUUUGUUUAUCUGUUUGGUAAUAUAUGUAUAUUACCUGAAUUGGAAUGGGGUUGUGUACAAGAUUAGCUUCUUCAUUGUACAAAGUACACAAACAUUAUGUAUGCUGACGAAGGUUUGUAUCAUUAAUGCGAAAUAUGCAGCUGUCAUUGAUACUUUUCGAAAAUUCGAAAAUUCCUUGAUUUCGAAAGUAUCUGACGCGUGACUCAUUGACGUCAACAAUGACGAAUAAAUUCUCAUGGUCAUAUAGAAGAUUGAGAUACAGAGAGAAGAGCCGGGAGGCAGAUUAUUUGCACCAAGAUGUUAUUGCUAGAAAUUGCUGGUAGCAAAGAGUUGCAAGUUGUAUUAUACAUAUAAUUAAUUAAUGAGAUAGAUAUGUAAAUAUUGAGAUUGUUAUUGCUUUAGUUCGAUAGCGUGUACGUUUAAGAUUGAAGAAAUGUGUGAGGUAGUGAAAAAAACGUCGACUGUAGUAGUAAAUUCCGAUGUACGUCUAUAGAAU